AUGCCCAAACUUCUCAUAUUGUAUGGCUCAGAAACGGGAAAUGCUCAGGAUUUUGCGGAAACCUUGGCUCUCAAUUGUAAGUACCAUAGAUAUGAGCCAACUGUGGCAGCCAUGGAUGACUUCCCUCCAAAGGGACUUCUAGAUUAUCAUGUUUUGAUUGUUAUAUGUUCGACAGCCGGCCAGGGAGAGUUACCCCUCAAUUCUAGGCAUUUCUGGAAAUUCCUUCUUCGCAAAAAGCUCCCCAGUGAUCUUCUCAGUCACAUCAAAUUCAGCACCUUCGGACUUGGUGAUUCGUCCUAUUCUCGAUAUAAUUGGGCAGUUCGAAAGAUUCAUGCUCGACUUCUUCAAUUGGGCGCUCGAGAAUUCAGUCCUCGUGGUGAGUGUGACGAUCAGUCUGCUGAGGGUCCAGAGGCCUACUAUGCCGCGUGGUCUGAAUUGAUACUAAAGAAUCUACCGGCACUUUAUCCAGGAAAUGACAAAUUGACUGAACAACCAAUUGACGAAGACGUUGUAUUAGCUCCAUCUUUCCGCAUCGAGAUUCAAACUAACAAGUUCAAGAAACUGACUGAUACGGAACUCAAGCAAAUUGCAUUUAACAGAGCUUCGAUCUGUAAUGGAGGCUCUCUAGAUCAGUUCGAAGUAACUCAAAACGAUCGACUCACAUCAGAUGAUCAUUUCCAAGAUGUUCGGAAAGUUGUGUUGCGUAGAAAAGAUGGAAUGCCUUUGAAGUACUCUCCUGGUGAUACCAUUGCACUUUAUCCUACCAAUGAUGCUAGGAGUGUAGAUGCCUUAAUUAAGCUUCAAGGAUGGGACGAUAUUGCUGAUUAUCCAAUAAAGAUAGAGACCGUGACAGGUUCUGGUAGACAAGUAUCUAUUCCCGGUGGUCUUAUCAAGAAAUUGACUCUUAGAUCGUUUAUCACCCACCAUUUGGAUAUUAUGUCAGUUCCUAGACGAUCUUUUUUCAUGCAAAUACGUCAUUUUGUAUCAGAUGAACGGGAAAAGGAAAAAUUGAUAGAGUUUUGCUCUUUAGAAGAGGCCCAACAGCUGUAUGAUUAUGCUGAUAGACCAAGAAGAUCAAUUUUGGAAGUGGUUCAGGAAUUCUUCUCCUUGAAGAUUCCUGUCGAAUACUUACUGGAUGUGUUCCCAUUGAUUAAGCCAAGAUUGUUUUCGAUUUCAUCCAGAAAUGAUAACGUUCAAUUGGAGCUCACUAUUGCCAUUGUUGAGUAUAAGACUAUCAUCAGAAGACUUAGAAGAGGUUUAUGCACUCGAUGGAUCAAAACAUUGGUUUGUGGUGAUAAUAUUGUGGGAGCCAUAAAAUAUAAUAGGACCAAAUAUGGACUAGACAACUUAGCUCCCAUUGUUUUGGCCUAUACAGGAACAGGAGUGGCCCCUGUAAAGAAUUUUGUGGAAACAGAACUAGCCAAAAAGCAACAUCGAUUAAUGUAUGUGUUCUCUGGAAACAGAUAUCCAGAAAAGGAUUACUUGUAUGGAGAUUUAUGGAAAGAAUGGGAAGAAAAAGGCCAGAUUACAGUCUACAGGACGUUUUCAAGAGAUCCAGAGUAUGCAAAGAAAGGAUAUCAUUACAUCUAUGAUCGUCUAUAUAAGGAGAAGCAAUUGGUAAACGAUUUGUUGGUAAAACAAGGAGGAGUGUUCUAUUUAUGUGGUUCUUCUGGAAAAAUGCCCACCCAGGUCAGAAUUACCAUGGAGAUGAUAUUUGGCGAAGAAAAUGCUUGGAACAAGGCCGAAGCUAAGGAAUAUUUGAGUAAGAUGGAAUCUUCAAAUAGGUAUAUACAGGAUACUUGGUAG